AUGUACGGCGUUAGACCCAAUCCUGUCUACCAUGUCAGCGAGCCAAAACGCAUCGUCAUAAUACUACCCCGUCAGAUAACUUCGCUACAACUGAUGCCCGUUUCCAUCGUGUACAAACUGACCUGGUAGGUUUGCUUCCACAAUAUAACGGUUCUGCCUAUAUGCUGACGUGCACUGACCGCUUUACUCGAUGGCCGCUAACGUUUUUUGAACCUUGCAGUUAUGUGGAGCAGCUGCAUAGUGUCAUACGCAAUCUCCGCGCAAUGCCCAGUCGGGCGUCCCCUUCCAAUUCCUUCAUCCCUCCCGACCUGGGUACGUGUGAUUUCGUCUGGGUUCGGCAUGACGCUGUCCGGCAGUCACUCCAACCGCCCUAUGACGGGCCGUAUAAAGUCCUUCGUCGAUCUGACAAAGAUGUUGUCAUCGACCGCAACGGCAAGACCGACACAGUCAGCAUUGGUCGCGUAAAGUCGGCCUACAUUGUCGAUAGUGACUACUCCUCGCCCCAACACUGUACCCCGCCGCAAACAGUGCUGCCUUCACCUACUGGCAACAGCCCGCCUCCGGUUCGCCGCACACGACCUGGCCGUCACGUCUACUGGCCCGACAGGUUUGUGGCUGGCUAGCGUGUGGACGCCUUCACUUCGUUUGGUGUCUCGGGCGGAGUUUUAGCAGCCGCUCCAGCCACCCUUAUCUCCGGCUCCGUUUUGUCGGCCGAUGGCCGCGACAAUCGUUGACAGGCCACUGACACACGACCAACCCCGCCGGCUAGAACUGGGGCCCCUCCUGUCCAGCUGCAAUGACUCCCGGCUGCCCUGACAAACUAUUAUCACCUCACGCGCGUCUGACGACCUGGCUUGAUACCCGUGAGCCCCUGUGACUAUGCCUCCCUCUCAACCUCCCCCCCCCACUCCGUCAAAUUUCAUGGCCAGCACUCAACCAGUCACCCCCCCCCAUACUGACACAGACAUUCACCCCCGGCGUAAACCACACACCGCGACUGACACUCUCCGUGAACGGACGCUUCUCUCUGUCGCAAGCAACCUGCCCUGUGUACAGAAUAAACUAGUCCUCACAGCUCCCUGACUUCUGACAUUAGAUGAAACGAACUUAUUGUGCGUGGAUUAAGCUGAUUUCACAUCCUUGACCGCCACGACCAUACCAUUUCGACUACCUCUUAGAAGGACUGCGCACUCCGAAGAGGCUAACUUGGGGCGUCCUCAAUACGUUUUUUUAAAUUUACUACCAUAGUCAAACUCCGGGGUCAUUCACUGAUCCUGUACAUUCAGCAGGAGUCGGAGUUGUUGAACCGUGGAACGCCCCCCCCCGCCUCACAAAUACUGUGACGUCCUAAUCGAUGGGAAGUUUUAAAAAUAACCUUGACAUACAUAUGAUCCGACAGCCAUGGGGUGCGAAGUCUCCAGGCUGUGCAUAUACACGGAAAAAUCGGUACAACUUACGUUCUUCGCAUCAGCCUCAACCUCACCAAACCGAAGACCAUGGAAAACUUCGCCCACGCAGACAGCACGUUUACAUGCGAAGCCAAAAUCGACGAUGAAGUUGUACGUCGAAUCUUCAAUGUGAAUCGUGCCUUUGCUUGACUGCCGGACUCUGCGUUCAAUCGUCAUCGUCUCCAGAUAAACACCAACGUCAACGCAUACACAGCUGUUGGCUUAACAGGGCAGCCCUACCGAGCGAAAAUCUGAACGCUCUAGGAGAAAGAGUUGGGAAGGGCUAACCACACCCACCUCAGUUUCCUCUGGGAAAUUCCGGAGCUAUGCUGUGGAAACAGGAUUCUGGAAACAAGGUUCCUGAGAAAGCCGGAAUCAUCAGCAUCUAUGUCAUGCUGAGGCAAUCAUAAAUGCGAGUUAGCAGCCUACUUACAAGAAUGGAUGACGGGUGUCUCUUCCAGAGAUCAUACAAUGUUGUGGCUAGGAGUGUCUGAUCACAGGAGGAACAGCAAAGGCACUGCACAUACCUCGCUCCCAUCAUGAGUGCCUACGUCGUCCCCAUUACCAGCUCCGACGAGGCGAAGACCAACAUUCACGACGAUCUGCAUGCAAUCCUAGCAACCAUGCCGGAGACGAACAAGCUCUUUGACCUUGCCAACUUCCACGCACGAUUCGGGACGGGGCACACGGGCGUGAGGGGAGUGCUGUAUCCCCAUGGACUCGCCGGCUUCAGUGAGAAUGGCGCCUUCUGCUGGGAAUCUGCACAGAAAUCCACCUCCUCAUUACGUCGGCACACGCGGCAGAAAACCGUGCUGGCAGCUGUUGAACAAUGUUCUCAUCCGGAAGCGUGAUUGACAGGAUGUGUGACGGUGACAAAAGCAAUCUGCGCCGCAGAUAGUUGGAUCAACCACCGCCUCCUCCUCAUCAUCUCCAAGAAAAGGUUGCGGCUGUAAUUUCACAGGAGACCACUAGGUAAGCAGUCACCAUGUGAGUCGAGUUUUGUUCUGUCGAAUUUGCCUGUCCACCGCAUUAAUUUCAACAUGAAUUAAUCCACCGACCGCAGUAACCGCAGGAAUCAGAUGAGAACCUGACUACCCGCAAACCACCCGCGCGGUUUGAAUUUUGAGUUGCAAGACGGAAGUUUUUCGAUCGAGUCUCUUCACUGAAAACGACUGUCCUUCACCAAAAAGUGGAUUAUAAAACGCCUUUCUGACAGCGAUCCUCCAGCUAUCUCCAUCGGUACUCCUAUCGUUCGAUCAGAAAAAACUUCAGCAAAAACGGUCUUUCUGUCGGAAAUCUCGGCUUGUCUACAGGGCCUACCCAUCCAAUACACCUUCUCCAAUCGCUCACCAAAGUUAGGAGCAACAUCUACGAAAAGUCUGAGUCGAUAUUUCUACACUGCUUGUUGUGCUGCUUAAAUUCGGACAACUCGAGUUGUCUCCCUUUACCAUAGAUUUACCUGAAAAAAAGCGUUCCCUGGAAACUUUCGGCGUAUCCAGCAUAAGCAUAGACACUGUCAACAGUUGUGCCUUAGGAAAUAGCUUGUUAUUCCUGCGGAUUUGUCCGUUUUUCGUAAGUCCACUACAUAAUGACGAUUUGCGCAGCCACCCAGAACAAUGCGCCGUAUGACGGAGUCGAACCACCGACCACCGACAUUUCAGUCGCGCACGCUAAUCCCUCGGCCACCGCGGCACGACGGCGGGCGAUGUCGCAAAGUUUACUUGAUAGUAAAUGCGUGCCGCAUACCGAUCGAUUUUGCAGUGGAUGCGAGAUAUUGGCCGGCAAAAUCAACCACCUUGAGGAAGAGAUGGAAAAGAUGAAAACUCUUCUACAAUGUAAACUAGACACACUUGACGAUGCGAAUGUACCUGUUGGACGAAUAACUAUAAGUAGGGCCAAAGGACGUCGCACAAAAAAUACGCCAUCAACACCUUCUGCAGAUGUCACGGCACACCCAGCACAAACACAUAAAAUACAAGACGACAACAACCAGCGAAGCAACGAUAAAAAACCAGAGGAAAAAAAGAAAUCGUGCAGCAAAAAGGUCGAAGGACAUAAACAGCAGAUCCCGAGGAAUGCCUCCGAAGAACCGGAACCAGGGACGUCGGCGUCCGUGUCGCCCAUCACGGGAAAUGACAUGGGUCCUAAAACCCUCAACCUAUCGCAAAAAACUUCCGACUUUGACGAAAAUGCAAACAAAACAGAGACGAACGAGGAUCUUAAUCGACUGCAGCUUAUAUCCUCGUCAGAUCAUGGCAACCACAUAUUGCCUAUGUCGGAGCAUGAAACCACUGUGUUCUCGGGAGUGUCGCAGGUCAGAGGACAAUGUCUGAUUAUUCAGGGACUUCCCGAAUCCACAGCUAGUGCCUCCAAAGAGCGGGUCUCGACAGACCUGCAACUCUUCCAAUGCCUACUCAACGAACUUCUGCGCCCCAAUGAGGAAGUUUCGGUUCUCAAGGCCUUUAGGCUUGGAAAGCGCUCCAUCGACAUAUCAGAGCACUCACGUCCCCGACCACUCAAGAUUGUGUUAGCCAACCAAGAACAAGUAGGACUUAUUCUCUCACGACGAUUCCGAAUCAAAGACACCAACCGCGGCGUUUUUUUUCAGCCGGACUACACACCGGCAGAGAGAAUAAAACGUCGACAAUUAGUUCUGGAACUGAGAACAAGGUUGCAGAAUGGCGAGACGGAUCUUGUGAUCUACAACAACCAGAUAGUGCAGCGCCCUCCCCAAAUCCGUUGGACCGAACCGAUCCGGAUGAGGGCACAGUAGCUUCCUUAAAUGGGAUCACAAGCGGCAGCAUAAUCAAACGCCCCAAAAAACUCUGGAACUAACAUUUUUUUACACCAACGUGCAGAGUAUAUUGCCCAAGUUAGACGAACUGAAGAUCCACAUCUGUGACCUUUCCCCUGACAUUGUCUCUUUGACAGAAACCUGGCUGUCUGAAAACGUGGAUGACCGCGAAUUAAUGCUACCAGUAUUUCAGUUGUUUCGAAGAGACAGGAGAGAGCGUCAGGGAGGAGGAGUUGUCACGUACGUAAAACACGGCCUGUUUGUGUCAGAAAAAAAAAGAACAGUUUGCAUGCAGCGCUGAGACUAUCUGGCUCACUAUAAGGGUACCAGGAUCACAUAGCCUUGAAGUUCUGACCGUCUAUCGACCACCGAGGAGUGACCCCGAGGCUGACGCUCGUCUGUUAGAGGAGCUAGGACGAUUUGCUCUCCGGCCUGACGUCCUAAUCAUGGGCGACUUCAAUGCACCGCUCAUUGAUUGGAGUUCACUAUACGCGCGCGGCCCAGAACUAGCUUUUGACCGAUGCUUCUUGGACAUGGCACUCAGGUCAUUUCUCUCACAGCACGUCCUAUUUCCCACGAGGGCCCGUGAGGGGCAGCAGUCAAACUGCUUGGACCUGGUGCUCACGAAAUCGAUGGACAGCAUAGAUGAGGUACAAUGUCUGCCUCCCUUAGGUCGAAGCGAUCACGUUGUACUUCAAUGGGACUAUUCAAUCUUUUCCGUGCCUGAACAGCCCACCAAAAUUAGAAGAAAUAUUUGCGUUGGGACUUCGAUCAAAUGAAAGCCGAAAUCAACAAUACGGACUGGGAAUCAGCGUUUUCCGGAAAUAUAGAGGAGGAUUGGAAAUGGUUCAGUGAAUUAUUGCAUGUUCUCCUGACAAACCACUGCCCGUUUUCACGGAAGGGGCUAAACAAUCGACCCCGGUGGCUGACCCAGGCGUUAAAAAAGGAAAUAAAUAAAAAACGGAGAUUGUGGCAGAAAUCUCUUACUGAUGGGACUCCUGUAUCCAUAAACGCAUACAAAAUACAGAGGAACUUAGUCAAGCGACUGACCCUCAGGACACGGCAAAAUAUUGAAAAAGACCUAUUGAAUCGUGCUAUGGAAAAUCCAAAAUUAUUCUACAGCUACAUAAGAAGCAGCACACGAAACAGAGAUCCAAUCCCCCUCCUGAAGACAAGCGGAGACGUAGAGAUUAGUGAGGAUGGAGAAAAAGCUGAGCACUUUUCACAAUUUUUCAAAUCCAUCUUUACUAGUGAAAGUCCACUUACUCCUCCCGACUACGACUUCGAUGAGGGUCCAAAAAUUGAGUCUGUAUCUUUUGAUGAAGCGACGGUUCGCAAAGAGCUAAUGACGCUAAAUGAGUCGAAAUCACCAGGUCCAGACGAUAUACCGCCUAAGUUACUGAAGGAGCUCGCUGCCGAACUAGCCAAACCAUUGUCCAUGCUUUUCCAAGCCUCUUUCGAAGCCGGCUGCUUGCCCGCCGACUGGAAAUCUGCGCGGAUCACACCACUGUAUAAAGGAGGCAGCAAGGCCUCUGCAGACAAUUAUAGGUCAGUUAGCCUCACCUCCAUCUGCUGCAAACUCAUGGGGAAAAUAAUCAAGCGAGAGCUGAUGCGCUUCCUAGAGCAGCAUAAUUUAUUACCUGAUGCGCAGCAUGGGUUUCGUAGUGGCAGGUCUUGCGUGACUAACUUGCUCAACUGUUUGGAACGUUGGACUCGGUCAGUUGAUGAAGGCAAUGCGCUGCAUGUAGUCUAUAUUGACUUUAAAAAGGCAUUUGAUAGUGCGCCACAUCAGCGACUUCUGCACAAACUGAGCCGAACAGGCGUUAGGCGUAACCUCUUAAAAUGGAUUCAAAGCUUCCUAUUAGACCGUUGUCAAACUGUCCAUGUCGGUGGCCAGAAGUCGACGGAGGUUGCCGUUGAGAGCGGGGUUCCCUAAGGCUCAGUUCUUGGUCCUACUUUGUUCAUCAUUUACGUCAACGAUUGCGUGAGUGGACUGGAUUGUGGUGUCGCCAUGUUUGCGGAUGACAUUAAGCUCUGGAGCGUCAUUCGAACUGCAGAUGACGAAGAGCAUCUGCAGGCGAACCUAAACCGACUCCAACAGUGGUCAAAGGCCUGGCUUCUGCCGUUCAACGAGAAAAAGUGCAAUAUUCUACGAGUCGGCAGAGCUCGCUCUCCGAACUAUAUGGCCUACUGCCUAAACGGUAUACCACUGCAAGAAGUGGACUCGCAGAAGGACUUGGGAGUAUGGAUUACGACCUCGCUCAAACCCUCGCUGCACUGCACGAAGAUAGCCAAGUCUGCCAUGUCAGUCCUCUACCUUAUCAAGCGGGCUUUCUCUGCCUUUAAUGAAGACUGCUUCGCUAAAGUCUUUCGAACUUUUGUGCGUCCGCAACUAGAAUUUGCUAUCCAAGCUUGGAGACCCUGGACCGCGAAGGACCUCAGCAUCCUUGAAAGGGUUCAAAGGCGGGCAACGAAACUUGUGGCAGGACAGGGUUCACUACCAUAUGCAACGCGGUUAGCUAACCUUGAUCUCUUUCCCUUGAGUUACAGGCAGUUACGGGGUGACCUGAUACAAGCCUUCCGUAUCAUACGCGGUCAGGACUGCACCCUCGUACCGGGGGACUUCUUCGAGUUAGCAACCACCACAAAUCUACGAGGCCAUCCAUUCAAACUGCUUGUGACAGGGGCCAGACUGGACACACGAAAGUUCUUCUUCUCCAACAGAGUGCUAGAAGCCUGGAAUGCCCUGCCUGUGGAUGUUGUUAUGUCUGCUUCCGUCGAGGUCUUUAAGAGGAAGCUGGAUUUGUGUAGCAGUGUCCACUAA